AUGCCAACAGAGAACAUGGUGCAACCAUCACUGGAGAAUGAGACCAGUGUCUUAGUAUUUACACUCUCAGGUCUUAAUGAAACAAUGGAAAACAGAUUUGUGUUUUUUUCUUUCACUGCCCUGUUUUAUCCUCUUAUGGUGUUUUGUAAUGUAACUGUAAUUUUCACUAUAAUCUCAUAUAAGAAGCUUCACGAGCCGAUGUAUAUGUUUAUAUGCAAUUUGUGUAUAAAUGCACUUUAUGGCACUGCUGGAUUCUACCCUAAAUUCAUGUAUGAUUUAUUAGCUGAAGAUCAUGUGAUUUCUUAUUCUGGAUGUAUGAUUCAGAUAUUUGUCAUUUAUUCAUUUGCCCUGUGUGAAAUUUCAACAUUAACGGUAAUGGCAUAUGACAGGUAUGUGGCAAUAUGCAGACCACUGGAGUAUCAUUCAGUAAUGACAAAUCAGAAGGUUCUUGAAUGGAUCCUUUUAUGCUGGCUGGCCCCCAUUUUUUUCAUCUCUGUUCUAAUUGUAUUAACAGCUAGACUCACUUUAUGCGGCUCUACUAUUGAAAAGUUAUAUUGUGAGAUUUGGGCAGUUGCAAAACUUUCUUGUUUUUCUACAACAGUAAAUAAUGUGUUUGGGUACACUGUUAUUCUUGUAUACAUCGGCCAUGGUGUAUUGAUAUAUUUCUCCUAUUUUCAGUUGAUACAAAACUGCAUUAAGUCAAUAGAGGGCAGGCGCAAAUUUAUACAAACAUGUAUUCCACAUUUGCUUUCACUGAUCAACGUGACUAUUGCAUUUUUGUUUGAUGUACUGUACAGUCGUUAUGGCUCAAAGAAUCUGCCACAAGGUGUGCGUAAUUUUAUGGCCCUGGAAUUCCUACUCAUACCACCCAUUUUAAAUCCUCUUAUUUAUGGAUUAAAUCUGACAACAGUACGCCAGCAAGUUAUUCGACUGUUUUUCAAGAAAAAAGUAGGAAUAUCUAAGUGA